AUGAACGGGGAAAAAUUACGGUUUGCUGUUAGUUGCUCUAGUAAUAUGAAUCGCAGUAUGGAAGCUCACAGUUUCCUUCAAAAAAGAGGAUUUCAAGUUGAUUCAUACGGAUCAGGGACACAAGUGAAAUUACCUGGUCCGUCAGUCGAUAAACCAAACUGUUACGAAUUCGGUUCCACUACGUAUGACUUCAUUCAUAAUGAUUUGAAAACUAAGGAUCAGGCAUUUUAUUUGCAAAAUGGAUUGCUUAAUAUGUUAGAUAGGAAUCGAAGAAUCAAGGAGUGUCCUCAAAAAUUUCAAAAAGAAACGAAAGAAUUUGAUGUUAUAAUAUGUCUAGAAGAAAGGGUCUAUGAUCAGGUGGUGGAACACUUACAUUCUCGUCCCCAAACUUCUUUAAACCCUGUACAUGUUAUUAAUAUUGAUAUUGAGGAUAACCCAGAAGAAGCUACAGUAGGUGCAUGGUUUGUCUGUGACAUCUGUGCUAAGUUAGAGAAAUGUUCGGACCUCGACAACGAAAUCGACGAAAUAUUAACAGAAUUUGAAGCGGAGAAUCAGAAAAGGAACAUUCUACACACAAUUUGCUUCUAUUGA